GAGGAAUAGAAAGCGCAAAUAUUUUAGUAGCCCAAAUUAAAAAGUAUGACGCAUAUGAACCUCCAUAUAAUUUUACUUUUAUGGAAGAAAUUGAAUCACCACAAACCUGGUGGAAUGGCUGUAAACUAGAAAAUCAUAAUUUACAAAAACUUGCUCUGCAUUUAUUAGCAAUUACACCCCAUAGUGCAAGUUGCGAACGUAUAUUUUCAGUAUUAAGUUGGAUUACUCAAAAACGAAGAAGCAGAUUAACUGUAGAAAAGGUUUCCAAUAUCGCGAAAUUACAUACAUAUUAUCUAACUAAUGCUCAAAACGAGCUAAAUUAUGUUGCUAAUAAUCUUUCAGAAUUAGAGUUUGAGCAAAUAAUGGAAAAUUAUUCGAAUUUAGUUGAAUAUGAUGAUGAUAUGUUUACCAGUGAAGAAUUCGAUGAAGAUUAUAUUUCUGAUGAAGAUAAUUUGGAUGAAAUUAGACAAUUUGAUUGUGAAAAUUUGGAGAUUGGUGAGAUAAUUGAUUUUAAUACCUUUUCAGAAGAAAAAGUGAAUGAAGUGAAUGUUAAUAGUAGCAUCGAAACUGAGGAAGAAGCGGAUUAUGAUAUCAAUGAAGUUAUUAACGCAGCUAUAA